UGCGCACUUCUAUUUGCCGAGCGCCUCCACGUGAUCCGGACGAGUCCCUCCGAAUCGCAGUCCCUGCGGGGACGGAAUAGGUCUUCGGGAGGCGGCAUGGGCAAGAAGAAAGCGGCGGUGCUGGGCCGGGCCCUCAUCCGGGAACGCAGUCAGGGUCGAGGGGGCCGCCAGGCUGGAGCGGGAUGGCUCCACACAAGUGAAUUAAACGAUGGAUACAACUGGGGACGUCUCAACCUUCAGUCAGUCACUGAGCAGAACUCGCUGGAGGAGUUCUUGGCUACAGCUGAGCUGGCAGGGACCGAAUUUGUGGCAGAGAAACUGAAUAUUAAGAUUGUUCCUGCUGAGUCUCGGACUGGUUUGCUGACAACCGAAGAGUCCAAGAAGAUUCAAGAACUGCAUGAGCAGAACAAGCACUUCUUGUGCAUCCCAAGAAGGCCGCACUGGGACAAGCAAACCAGCCCUGAAAUGCUGAACCAAGCAGAAAGAGACCGCUUUCUGGAGUGGAGGAGGCAGCUGGCUCGACUGGAGGAAGAAGAGAAACUCCUUUUGACUCCAUUUGAACGGAAUUUGGAUUUUUGGCGUCAGCUGUGGCGAGUACUUGAACGAAGCGAUGUUGUGGUUCAGAUAGUGGAUGCCAGAAACCCCCUUCUGUUCAGAUGCCAAGAUUUGGAGCGUUACGCAAAAGAGAUCAGCCGUGAGAAGGAGAAUCUCAUUCUGCUCAACAAGGCCGACCUGCUGAGUGAAGAGCAGCGCUCUGCCUGGGUGCGCUUCUUCGAGGACGAAGGUGUCAGAGUGGUGUUUUGGUCUGCCCUGGUGGAGGGGAGGCGGCUGGCAGCUGGCUGUAAGGGGGCAGAAGCGGGGCAGCUGCUGCACCUGGAUGAUGAUGCGUGUUCCAGUGAGACGGAAGGACAGACCUCAGUCACCAACGUGGAAGCUGGAGCCGACUCUCUUUCUCAGUCUCCUGGGAGCAAAGAGCAGGAAGGCAGCGAAGAUGAACAAGAAGAAGACAGCGACGUGUAUGAGGACUGCGAGGAGGACAGUGAGGAGGAGGAACAGGCUUGGCUGACCUGCUCCGAAGAUGAGGAGAGCAGAGCCACAGCUGGGUCUUUGGGGCAAAACAGGACUGACAGCACUGAGAUCCAGAGGCCAGGACCCCUCCAGGCCCAGCCCAUCAGAAACAGCAGCCACUUGGUACAAAGAGACGAGCUCCUAGAGAUAUUUAAAGGUGUUCAUUCUGGCAAGAAGGUCCGAGAAGGCGAGGUCACCAUUGGGCUGGUGGGUUACCCCAACGUUGGAAAGAGCUCCACUAUCAACACCAUCCUGGGCAAAAAGAAGGUCUCUGUGUCAGCCACGCCGGGGCACACAAAACACUUCCAGACGCUGUACGUGGAGCCUGCCCUGUGCCUCUGUGACUGCCCUGGCCUGGUGAUGCCCUCCUUUGUCUCGACGAAGGCAGAAAUGAUUUGCAGUGGGAUCUUGCCCAUAGACCAGAUGAGGGACCACGUGCCCCCCGUCUCUCUCGUCUGCCAGCGCAUUCCACGGCCCGUCUUGGAGGCAACCUAUGGAAUCAACAUCAUCCGGCCUCGAGAGGACGAGUCGCCUGAUCGGCCGCCAACGGCAGAGGAGCUGCUGACGGCCUAUGGAUACAUGAGAGGCUUCAUGACGGAUCAUGGGCAGCCGGAUCAACCCCGCUCAGCCCGUUACAUACUGAAGGACUACGUCAGUGGCAAGCUGCUUUACUGCCACCCACCUCCUGGAAUUGACCCCACAGACUUCCAGCUCUGCCAUGAAAGAAGUGCUCCAAGCAAGGCUGCCGAGCGCAAUGCAGAAAGGCAGCCUGGCAGGACACCGAGGGCAAAGCAGAUUGAAAACGUGGUGGACUCAGCCUUCUUCCAUCAGGAGAGUGUCCGUGCCCUGACCAGAGGCAGCCAGUCUGUGACGGGGAACAGAGCAGGUGUCAGCCCAUGGAGUCUUCCAGCAUCCAACUCUGAGGAUCGCUCAGGAAAGCCCUGGAAGAAGCACGGCAACAGGAACAAGAAGGAGAAAAUCCGUCGCGUAACGAAGCACCUGGAGGCUUAACUGUGGGGGUGGACAAUGGGCGCACCCCUGGUCCUCUCCCGAUGCCAUGCCACAUGCACCAGACAGCGGUGCCAAGGGCUGGAUGCCCCAACCCCUUUGAGGCGACUUUUUCACAGGUCAUGCCAGUGCAGGGCAGAUAACAGCCUUGGGACUGCCUUUGGCUGCUGCCUCAAGGAGAAGCACUCAUGCUCUGACAUGCUUUCCUGACAAACGUGGGGUGGUGGUGGGAGAGGAACUGUUUUGCAGUCAUUUUGGCUGGUGAUCCAAGCCCAAUUCCACUGAAGCCCACAGCAGGAGGCUCUUUUCCACUUUGGAAAUAAAAUUUCUUACAUUUCCA